UCGCAUUUACGACAAAUUUUUGCCAGCCCUGCCCUUGGAUUAUUUACAACCUCAACGAACGGUCACAUUAUCGGCUGACAAUUGAAAAAUUGGAGAAAAAAUUUAAUCUGACCCGAAUAAUGUGCUUAAAGUUAUUUAUUUUUACGGCGCUUCUCGCCCUGGUCAGCUGCGAGGUUAUCAUUGGCCAGGAUGAACUAGUGGACGAGGUGUCUGGCCUGUACACCAUCGAAGGACGUGUUUCUCCGCCGGACUCCCUUUUUCCACCCACUCAAGGAGGCGGACGAAGUGCUCCGGUGAAUAAGAAUGCUCCCAAGUGGCACACGGAGCUUACACUGUCCAUCAAUGACGGCGAGUUCAAGGGAUUCGUCCGAGAGGAUGGGCAGUUUAUGAUCAGCGGAGUGCCCUCCGGCAGCUAUAUCCUGGAUGUCCACCACCCGGAUGUUUUCUAUGAGCCGGUGCGCGUCGAGAUUAACCCGAAGGGAAAGUUCCGCGCCCGCAAAGUGAACUUUGUCCAGCCCGCCCAAAUUAUGCAGGUGCCAUAUCCACUGCGCGUGAAGCCACUGAUGCCCUUUAAAUACUUCCAGACCAGAGAGCAGUGGAAGAUUACCGACUUCCUGUUCAGCCCCAUGGUCCUGAUGAUGGUCCUGCCCCUGCUCCUUAUGCUGGUGCUGCCCAAGAUGAUCAACGAUCCCGAGACCAAGAAAGAGAUCGACAAUCUGCAGUUCCCCAAGAUGGGCAACGAUAUGCCCGAGAUCAGCGAAAUGCUGACUUCACUGCUAACGGGCAAGCAGCCCGAGCCCAAGGAGAAAAAGCCUGCUCCGGCCGUCAGGCAGGCGAAGAAGCGCAAGGACCAGUAGUCGUUGGCCACCAGAUAGCUUUUAGCUUUAAGCCUAAUCAGAGCCCCAAGCUCAAAAUCAGAGUCAGAUCGAUUAAAUAGUAAAUUUUCAUUAUUA